UGGGCUGUAGCCUGCCAGGCUCCUCUGUCCACAGGAUCUUCCCGGCAGGCCAUGCCCUCCUCCAGGGAGUCUUCCCAACACAGCUAUCGACCCCAUGUCUCUUCAGUCUCCUGCAUUGGCAGGUAGGUUCUUUACCACUAGUGCCACCCGGAAGAGCCCCGUGAAAAGCAGAAGUCAUACUGAAAGCCAGAAGUCCCUCCCCCACACACAGAGGAAGAUAAGACAUCUUCUGUGGCUGGGCUUGCUGGUCUCUGCAUCAUGAGAAACAGGUAUCUAAGUCUGCUUUCAGGACUCUUGGUGCUGCUGCUGUUUCCAAUGGGACCUACAGCCCAGAACAGUAAAGCCUGUGCACUGCGGUGCCCUCCGAAAUCCUCAUGUGUCAAUGGCAACGCCUGCCGCUGUGAUCCAGGAUUCAUUUCUUCUUCUGGGGAGGUCUUCACGGACCCCUUGGAGAGCUGUGAUGACAUCAAUGAGUGUGGACCACCCUCACUAGCGUACUGUGGAAGUUCAGCAGACUGCCAGAACACAGAAGGGGGAUACCACUGCACAUGCAGCCCAGGAUUUGAGCCUACUUCUGGGGCAACAAUAUUCCAGAAUGAGAGUGAGAACACAUGUCAAGACGUGGACGAAUGUCAGCACAGACCCAGAGUCUGUAAAGGCCGCAGCAUCUGCAUCAACACCAAGGGCAGCUACACCUGCCAGUGCCCACCCGGCUUGGAGUUUAACCCAGAGGACCCGAGGGAUUGCACAGAUGUGGACGAGUGCAGCUCCGGGAAGCAUCAGUGUGACAACUCCACUGUCUGCGUCAACACUGUGGGUUCAUACAUGUGCCACUGCCGCCAAGGCUGGGUGCCUAAACCUGGAUUCCGAGAUAAGCAAAUGACCACCAUCUGCGAAGAGAUCCCCUUCCCCACCUGGACUGCUCCCCCUGGAAUCAAGAGCCAGGCGCUCUCUCACUUCUUUAAAAGAAUCCAGGAUCUGGGCAGAAACUUCAGCUCGGCCUCUGUCCUGAACACUGUUCGGGACCUCCUACAGGAGAUGGGUGAUCUGCUGGAGAACCCCAGGGACCUGAAAACCCUGCCCUUAUCAGAGCAGCGCUUUGUGGUCACUAACCUGCUCUUUGGCCUGGAAAAUGUCCUGAGAGGGGUGAGCAAGGCACUGCCUAAAGGGUCAUGGACCUUCAGUUCAUCUGCAGGCAUAGAAGUGUCACUGGAGGUGCAGGCGCCAAGCUACAGGAAUAUCACCUUGACUCAGAAUAGGACUGAAAUGAUGCUGACCUGGGAUACAGUGCAUGAUUCUGGUGACUCAGGUCUUGCUGUGGUGGGCCUCCUGUCCACUCCAGGGAUGCACAGAUUCCUGGCUGAAGCCCCUUUGGUCCUGGAUGCUGAGGAACCGGCAAAUCUACAUGAGACACACAGGGGUUUGCUGCAGGAAACCUCCCACAUACUGCUGUCAGAUGUCAUAUCUGCCUUUAUCACCAACAAGGAUGCUGAGAACCUCAAAUCCCCAGUCACCUUUGUCUUCCAACAUUCAGUGACCCCUGGGCCAAGACAGAAGGUGCACUGUGUUUACUGGGAGCGUGGCCAGAAUGGAAGUGGUCACUGGGACACCAGAGGCUGCUGGGUGACCAGCACCAGAGACAACAACACCACCUGCCAGUGCACCCACCUCAGCAUCUUUGCCGUCCUCAUGGCCCACUACAGUGUUCAGGAGGAGGAUCCCGCACUGACUGUGAUCACCUACGUGGGACUCAGCCUCUCUCUGCUGUGCCUCCUCCUGGCGGCCCUCACCUUCCUUCUGUGCAAAGCCAUCCAGAACACCAGCACCUCGCUCCACCUGCAGCUCUCGCUCUGCCUCUUCCUGGCCCACCUGCUCUUCCUCACAGCCAUUGACAGAACUGAGAACAAGGUGCUGUGCGCCAUCAUCGCGGGUGCCUUACACUAUCUCUACCUGGCCUCCUUCACCUGGAUGCUGCUGGUGGGCCUGCACCUCUUCCUCUCUGCACGCAACCUGAUGGUGGUCAACUACUCCAGUGUCAACAGGUUCAUGAAGAAGGCCAUGUUCCCUGUGGGCUAUGGAGUCCCAGCUGUGAUUGUGGCCAUUUCUGCAGCAUCCAGGCCUCGUCUUUAUGGGACACCCACCAGCUGCUGGCUCCACUCAGAAAAGGGAUUUAAAUGGGGUUUCCUUGGACCAGUCUGUGCCAUCUUCUCUGUCAAUUUAGCUUUCUUUCUGAUGACCCUUUGGAUUUUGAAAAGCAGACUCUGUUCCCUCAACAGUGAGGUGUCCACCCUCCAAAACACGAGGAUGCUGACAUUCAAAGCCACAGCUCAGCUCUUCAUCUUGGGAUGCACGUGGUGUCUGGGAAUCCUGCAGGUGGGACCAGCUGCCCACGUCAUGUCCUAUCUCUUCACCAUCAUCAACAGCCUGCAGGGUGUCUUCAUCUUCCUGGUGCACUGCCUCCUCAGCAAGCAGGUCCGUGAGCAAUACAGGAACUGGUUGAGGAUCAAGAAAACCAAAGCCGAAUCUGAGAACUACACGCUCUCCAGCAGGACCAUGUCUGAUUGCAAACACAGUGAGGAGACUUAAAUUAACGACUAAAUCAGAUGAUCUUCUAUCCAGGUCGGCAAGGAAACUUCUGAACCGUCAUCUUUGGGAAAACUUCUAAAACAUGUUUUCAUGUUUGUUACAGGAACUCUUCACAGAACCAUUGUGUAAGGAAGUAUGAUGGGAAUUCUUGAUAUUUAGAUUGCUGGAAGAAUUUUGCUUUUCUACUCCAUAUGGGAUGCUCACCUCACUCUCAGCAUAGUCAAAGGGCUCUGAUGCAAUUCCUCAGUUGCCUUAGAUUAAAUCACCUGCUUCAAACUUUUUCUACAAAGUUCCUCAAGUUUGUAGGUAUAUGAAGAUAUUUGAAGGUAUAUGAUAAGGAAAACGAGCUUCAGAAAACUGUCUUAAAAUACUGUAAGACAGGAAAGUAAGGUUCAAACACCUACAUGGAGGAUAAAAUUGCUAUGAUGUCCCAAAUUUUUCCUGGAUUUUGUCCUAAAAACACUUGAAUUUCAAGCAAUGGGACAGUUGGUUUCAAUACAUACUUGUUUCAACUUCUUCACCCUCCAUCUAAAGAUUAUUAACUUAGGCAUUAGAAAAAUAUAUUUUACUACUCACCAUAUGUGUGAAUGUUUGUAAGUCACUCAGUAGUGUCCAACUCUUUGUAACUCCAUAGUCCAUAGCCCACCAGGCUCUUCUGUCCAUGGAAUUCUCCAGGCAAGAAUACUGGAGUGGAUAGCUAUUCCUUUCUUCAGGGGAUCUUCCUGACCCAUGGACUAAAGUCUGGUCUCCUGCACUGCAGGCAGAUUCUUUACCAUCUGAGCCACCAUGGAAGCUUGGUACACACCAUGUACUGCACUAAAUUAAGAGAUCUAGUUUCUAAUUUCACAGAGCUUACAUGUUAAAGAAAAGGCUUUGUUAAGAGUAAAAUCAGAACCCUGUAAAUAAAUAAAAUCUCUACAUCCUUUCAACUGUAAGAUGUGCCAGGUUAGAAAGAGUAUAUUGCUACUGCACAUUUUUAAAGUUUUACUUACAUGUAUAACAAACUAUUUCAUUCUCAGAAUGUGAUCUUGGCAAGAUCCAAGUCCAGAGGGACAUAGAAAUGUCCCAUGGACAUCCACUGACCAGAUUUGUAUCAAUUUAAACCAAAUGGAAAAUGACUUUAAAUGAUCAUAACGUGUUAAAUUUAAAAUAUCCAUGAGUACAUAGUGAUACUUAAUGUAUUUGAAAAUAAGUGUAGAAGAUAUGACAGAAGUAGAUAAUGACAAUUUUUCAGUAUCCAGUAAAUCGCCACUAAAAGCACUGGGGCAAAUCUUGUGGAAAGAAUGGCCAAUCUCACAAUGCUAAAGAAUUCUCUUAAGUGAUUAUUGAUUUAUUACAAGGACCAAAGUGUAUUUUUAUAAUGUUAGAUCAGAUAGGCACCAAAUGAACUUAAUGAGCAAUCUUAGCAUCAAUAAUAUCAGUCUGAUGUUGUAUAGUUCCUGAUGAGACAUGAACUGAAAGCAUCCCAUUUGUGCUAAAUAAAGGUUCGUGUCCGUAUCUUAAGUGUGUGUGUGCGUGUGUGUCCUGUCACUUCAGUCGUUUCCAGCCCGCCAGGCUCCUCUGUCCAUGGCAUUCUCCAGGCAAGAAUACAAGAGUGGGUUGCCUCUAGGAUUGAUCUCUUCCAGGGGAUCUUUCUGAUUGAGAGAUCGAACCCUCAUCUGCCUGUGUCUCCUGCAUUGCUGGCAGAUUCUUUACCCCCUAAGCCAUCGGGAAAGCCCAAUCAAUUUAACCUAUAUCUAAUCUAACCUUUAGACCAAGGCUUAGCAAAGUAUACCCUGCAGGCAAAUCCAGGAAGCUGCCUGUCUUUGCAAAUAAACUCUACUGGUUCAUAACCACACUAUUCACUGGUUUCUUGUCCAUAGUUGCUUUCGGGCUACAGUGUGAAGUUGAGUGCUUGUGAAACAGUCUGCAAGACCACAAAGCCAAACAUUUUUACCAUCUGGCCCUUUCUAGAAAAAUCUUUCUGGUACCUGUUCUUUGAGACCAGACUUUCAGUACACAUGAAACACAGGGGAAAGGCACACGUGUUAAAUAACCAUACAGGCAAAUACAGAACAUAGGAAAGUUUUCUAAGUUUUCUAAUGUCAGUAUCAUUGUAAAAGGUGCAUAAGGCCAUCUAGAUAAGUGACAAAAGUGACAUGGCCAUCAAGUUCACCGUCAACUUUAGUAGUGAGAGGGUAACAGGCAAGAAGGCCAGGGCUCUCCAAACGGAGGGAAUAGACUGCAAGUGUCAGACAUUUUUUAUCUCUUUCUUAAGUGGCAGGAGGAAACAAACAAGGGCUGGAUUUUUUUUCCCUUCUCUAUACAAAUUUAAAAAGAGUUUUUUCUUGAAAUUCUUUGUUACCAUGAUGACAUCUGUCUCCACCUGAGCUUAACUUUUCUCAAACCUUGAGCUAACCAAAGCGUUUUUCUUAUGGAAAUGUUUGUCUCAAGCUAUGUUAACGAACUAUGUAUUUACCCUAGACUCCGUCUUUCUUCAAGUCGGUUCGCUUAAGACUCAGAACAAAUAAGGGCUCAACAAACCUGUAUGUUUUACUCAUACAUUGCUCUCCUAAUCUAUAUUAAUGAAUCUAUAUAUUUACUUGAAAACCUUUCUUCACGAUUCAUGUCAAUCAUUUUAUGGCCCGCGAUGACUCAUCUGGUGCUAAUGUUAUCUCAAAAUGCAUGUUGUGGGUUAGGGGCUUGGUGCCACUCUGAGUUUUGAGACAUCUCCUUUCUCUAAUUAACAGAUUGCUGAUAGGUGUAUAACAUGCAGCUACAGGCCAGCAGGGGGCACUCUUUCUGCCCGCUUCUGAUGUCUAUGUCAGAAGCUUUCUCUAUCUCUUUUAUACUUUAAUAAAACUUUAAUACACAAAAGCUCUGAGCGAUCAAGCCUUGUCACUGGCCUCGGAUUGAAUUUCUCUCCUCCAGAGGCCAAGAAUCCUGGUGUCUUUCACAGCUCAGCAACAGCCUUUCAGUAGGACUUCGAUUUGGAUAUAUGCUAUAAAAAUAUUUUGGAAACAAUUGGGAUAAAUUGUAUUUGCAUGAGAUAUUUAAAGUUAUUAUGAAAUUAUUUUCUGUACGUAAUAGUAUUAUAAUUAUGUAGAGCAUAUUCUAUAAAUUCUUCAAUAUUUGAUGGAGAUAUAGUAAAGAAAAAAGUGUUACAGUAUGUUCGCUGAAAAUCAUGUAUUAGCAGGAAAAUAUAUGUAUGUGUAAAUACAUUGUGAAAGAUUUUUCAUAUGGCAUUAUGUGAAUAACUGUGGUCUCAAGGUAAAGUAUAUAUAAGAUUUUAGUGUGUUAUUACACA